CCAAAAAGUAAAAAGUUGAAAUUUUUCGACGAGUAUAAUUAAUUUGAAAAAUCCUUCAUUUAAACAACCAAAGAUGUAUCUGCUAUUCGUCGUAAGCACAAUCUGUUUCCUGAUGGCCUUUUCAUUAAAAAUUUCCAAACUGAUCCUGAUUGUAAUCCUCCGGGAACCGGCGGAACUGCUCUCGCUCCGUGCAACCAGCGAAAAGAUCCGCCGAGAGCUAUCGAAAAUCUCCAUGCGCGACAACUACAUCGAGUAUGUCCAAACUGAGCGCAAGCUGGUUCAGCUAGAGAAACGGAUGGCCGAACUACGGGACGGGUUCAACGGGCGCAAGGUAAUCUACGAAUACGGCGUCCAGUACGGAUUGUACGCGAUCCUGACGCUGGGAUUGAUUAUCGUUUCGAUUGGCUAUCGGUACACACCGGUGGUGGUGUUCGGGAAGAAUUUCAAUUUCGAACCGUUCGAGAAGGUGCUGAACUUCCCCACCGGAGUGCCGAAUGCCGUUUCCACCGUAUUCUGGAUUGUAGUGAACAAUUUCGUGGCUCGAACCGUGGCCGGCUAUGUGAAGUAAAUAAAACUGGUGGAAUGUAAGUAAA